AUGUAUCCCAACAAAGAGGAAGUCAGGCAAAAGCAGUUGGAGGUCUGCAUAGAUGAACAAGCAGCUCCUGGAUUAACUCAAACACAAAAAGGAAGUCUACAGAGGGUCGAAGCAAGGACAGCUUCUCUCACAGUUUCAGCCAAGUUGAACAUCAUCCCAUCAAUGCUGACAAACCUAAUAGUAACACCCUCAAAUCCUGCUCACAAUGGCCGUGUAUGCAGCACUUGGGGCAACUUCCACUUCAAGACCUUUGAUGGAGACAUAUUCUACUUCCCUGGGCUCUGUAAUUAUGUUUUUGCCUCCCAUUGCAACGCUGCCUAUGAGGACUUCAACAUCCAGAUUAGGCGUGAAGUGGUGGCAAAUGCUCCAACAAUCAACCAGAUCACCAUGAAGCUUGAAGGUGUAGUUGCUGAACUAACAAAGGGUGCUGUCAUGAUCAACAGCAAUAGAGUUCAGCUGCCAUAUAGUCAAUCUGGCAUUACGAUAGAGAAAAGCAGCAUUUACGUGAAAGUUGGCAGCAAAAUCGGUGUUGUGUUAUUAUGGAAUGAAGAUGACAGCAUCCUGCUGGAAUUGAAUGAGAAAUAUGCCAAUCAGACUUGUGGACUUUGCGGGGACUUCAAUGGCCUUCCAAUUUACAAUGAGUUCUUUUCAAACAAUAUUAGGAUGUCUGCCUUGCAAUUUGGAAAUAUGCACAAAAUGGAUGGGCCAACAGAACACUGUGAAGACCCCACUUCUGCCCUGCCAUCUAAUUGCUCUGAUAAUCUUGAUGACAUAUGCCAGAAAACAUUGACCAGCUCUGCAUUUGCAGAAUGUAAUGACCUUGUUGAUGUUAGAGAGUACAUUACAGCUUGCCAAGAUGACUUGUGCCGCUCUGAAGAAUCUAAAAACGCCUCAUGUAUUUGUGACACCUUUGCUGAAUACUCCCGGCAGUGUGCUCAUGCUGGUGGGCAGCCCCUGAACUGGAGAACCUCAAAACUGUGCUCCAAGAAGUGUCCUUACAACAUGCAGUACGAGGAGUGCAACUCCCCCUGUGCUGAUACAUGCACGAAUCCUGAACGAUCUCAGUUUUGUGAAGAACACUGUAUUGAUGGUUGUUUCUGCCCCCCAGGGACUGUAUUUGAUGACAUCAACAAUUCUGGCUGCAUUCCCCAGCAGCAGUGCUCCUGUGUUUACAAUGGCAACACCUACGCUACAGGAGCUUCUUUUUCAGAGCCGUGCCAGACCUGUACCUGCAAUGGAGGCCAGUGGAGCUGCCAAGACAUGUCAUGCCCAGGAACAUGUUCAGUAGAGGGAGGUUCACACAUUUCCACAUAUGAUAAAAAACGUUAUGAUCACCACGGAGACUGCACCUACGUCCUUUCUAAGGACUGCAAAGAUGAAACAUUCACCAUCCUGGUAGACCUACGCAAAUGUGGCCUAACAGACACUGAGACAUGCUUAAAGACAGUGACCCUCAACAUGAACAAAGGACAAACUGUCAUUGAGGUCAGACCUGAUCGUAGUGUGUUUGUGAACUCAAUCUACACCCAGCUGCCCAUGUCAGCAGCUAAUGUCACCAUGUUCAGACCUUCAUCAUUCUUCAUGAUCAUGCAGACAAACUUUGGGGUCCACCUUGAAAUCCAGUUCAUACCUAUAAUGCAAGUGUUUGUGCGACUGGAUCCUAUUUUCAAAGACCAGACUUGUGGUCUCUGUGGAAACUUCAAUAAUAUCCAAACUGAUGACUUCAAGGUCAUAAGUGGAAUAAUUGAAGGAACAGCAACAGCAUUUGCUAAUACAUGGAAAACUCAGGCUUCAUGCCCCAAUAUCCAGCAGAGUUUUGAGAACCCUUGUGCACUCAGCAUUGAUAAUGAAAAAUACGCUCAGUAUUGGUGUGGACUGCUAACUAACAGCACAGGACCUUUUGCUGAUUGCCACUAUGCAGUGAAUCCCGCUGUUUACCACACGAACUGCAUGUUUGACACAUGUAACUGUGAAAAUAGUGAGGACUGUCUGUGUGCAGCCCUGUCCUCCUAUGUGAGAGCUUGUGCUGCAAAAGGAAUCCAGCUGCAGGGAUGGAGGACUGAUGUCUGCACAAAAUACACUACCUCAUGUCCCAAAUCCCUAAGCUACAGCUAUACCAUCUCUUCCUGUCCACCCACUUGUCGGUCUCUGAGUGAGCCUGAUGUCACAUGCAACAUUAAGUUUGUCCCAGUUGACGGCUGCACCUGCAUAAACGGAACCUACAUGGAUGAGAGUGGCAAAUGUGUGCCCGCUACUGAAUGCCCCUGCUACUACAGAGGAUCUCCCAUACCAUUUGGAGAAGUUGUCCAUGAAAAUGGGCAAGUAUGCUCUUGUGUCCAGGGAAGACUGAAUUGCAUUGGAGCACCGAAUCCAACUCCAGUCUGUAAAUCUCCCAUGGUCUACUUUGACUGUAGAAACAUCACUGCAGGAAAAACUGGAGCAGAAUGUCAAAAAAGUUGCCAGACUCUGGAUAUGCAGUGUUAUAGCUCACAAUGUACAUCUGGCUGCAUGUGCCCAAAUGGGCUUGUGUUAGAUGGAAAUGGUGGUUGUAUUCCUGAAGAUGAAUGUCCUUGCAUUCACAAUGAAGCCAUGUAUCAGCCUGGGGAAAAGAUCAACUCUGACUGUAACACCUGUGUAUGCAAGAAUAGGAAGUGGGAAUGUACCAAAAAUCAGUGUCUGGGCACUUGUGCUGUUUAUGGAGAUGGUCAUUAUAAUACCUUUGAUGACAAAACGUUCAGCUUCAAUGGAAAUUGUGAAUACACACUAGUGCAGGACCAUUGUGGCUCAGCCAACGGGACCUUCAGGGUUGUCACUGAAAAUAUUCCUUGUGGCAACACUGGGACAACUUGCUCAAAAUCCAUCAAAGUCUUCUUAGAGAGCUAUGAACUGAUACUUGGUGAAGAACAUGUCAGUGUAGUACAGAGAGGACAAAAUGAUGAGGUGCCAUACACAAUCCGCUAUAUGGGUAUGUACUUGGUAAUUGAGACCACAAGCGGACUGAUCCUCAUGUGGGACAAGAAAACCAGCAUCUUCAUCAAGCUCAGCCCUGAUUUUAAGGGCCAGAUCUGUGGCCUCUGUGGAAAUUAUGAUGGCAACAGCAUCAAUGACUUUACUACAAGGAGUCAGUCUGUAGUAGAGAAUGUCCUAGAGUUUGGAAACAGCUGGAAAGUAUCCUCUACAUGUCCUGAUGCUAACGACAUCAAGGACCCAUGUUCUACCAACCCUUACCGAAAGUCCUGGUCAGAGAAGCAGUGUAGCAUCAUCAACAGCAACGUCUUUGCUGCCUGUCACUCUCAGGUUGAACCAGCAAAAUAUUACCAAGCAUGUGUGACAGAUGCUUGUGCCUGUGACAGUGGAGGAGAUUGUGAUUGCUUCUGUACAGCAGUAGCUGCCUAUGCCCAAGCGUGCAGUGAAGUUGGUGUAUGCGUAGCCUGGAGAAGCCCAUCAAUUUGUCCACUGUUCUGUGAUUACUACAAUCAACAAGGAGAAUGUGAAUGGCACUAUAAGCCUUGUGGAGCCUCCUGUAUGAAGACUUGUAGGAAUCCAAGUGGAAAAUGCCUCAAUGACUUGCCAGGUUUAGAAGGCUGCUACCCUAACUGCCCACCAGACAAGCCAUAUUUCCAUGAGGAUCAGAUGAAGUGUGUUAGUCUCUGUGACUGUUACGAUGAUGAAGAUGGAAAGAUAUAUAAACGAGAUGAAUGUAAUAUAUGUGAGUGCACAUCAGAAGGUUUACAGUGCAAGUUUGAUGAUAAAGAACCAGUACCUAAUGUCUGUGUGAUUAACGGUACAUUGUACACGGUUGGAAAGUCAGUAGUAAUCAAUUCAUGUAAGAAAUGUACCUGCAGUUCCGAGAAAGAUCCAGUGACUAAUGCUAACACUGUGCAUUGUGAAACGGUUCAGUGUGAAACAUCUUGCCCACUGGGUUAUCAAUAUAUGACUGAGGAAGGAGAGUGCUGUGGGAAGUGCAUCGAAGUAGCUUGCAAAGUCAAACUAAGUAACAACACUGUUCAUGUGCUCAAUGUUAAUGAGAUCCUGCCACUCGACCAAUGCAGUCAUUACAAAUGUGAAAAAAUUGAAGAUCAGUUUGUUGCAGUCCAAAGUAAGAGAGUAUGCCCUGACUACGAGCCCGGAGAGUGCGAUCCUAGGAUUGUGUUCAACUUCUAA